AAUUGAAAAUUAUUCUCCAAUUCCAGCAACAUAUAAUGGAGUUUUAUUUUUUAAUCCAUUAAAUAUUGAUGAAGCUAAUCAAACUAUACAAAAAUUUCAAUAUUUUGAUCGUAUAGAACUUCUUACAAUUCAUAUUUAUGAUAAUGCAAUUAUUGAACAAAAAGAUGAAAGAUCAAUGAAAAAUAUUCAAGUUAUUAAUAUACAAGAACAACCAUUAAAAUCAACAUUAGACUAUAUUACUGCACUUUCAAUAAUAACAGAUAUACCAUCAUUAUAUAAAUAUUUAGAUCAAAAUAUUUUACCAGUUAUAGCAGAUUGA